ACUUGGCGCCACCUACCUCGAUCCCCGCUAGUUCCCCUCCCUGCUAGUUCCCCUCGCAAUACAUCGUAUAACUUGCCCAACUAAACUCAAUUUAGCCAAACAUAUGCUCAACAAAUUAAUUUAAGGAGAGAUUGAGGUUGAGAAGGAGAGUGGAGAGGUUGUAAAGUAGCGUUGUGAGAAGUUGGAGUGGAGGGGCCAGCCGGGGCGGUAACUAGUGUAGACGGUGGCGGAGCUGGCGAGGUGGUUCAUGACAGCCGCGCUGCCUCCUUACCUCAGCUACCAUGGCUGAAAUGGACGAACAGGAGCGCAAAAUUGUAAACGAAUUUUGUCACCUGCUGGAGAAGUCAAAACAGCUCUUUAAUGGACUUCGAUCAUUCUUUUCCAGGGACCUGCCUCAGUAUGGCCACAAACAAUGGCAAGCAUACUUUGGCCGCACGUUUGACAUAUACACCAAGCUUUGGAAGUUUCAGCAGCAACAUAGACAGGUUCUCGACUCAAAGUUUGGAUUAAAACGUUGGCAAAUUGGAGAGAUUGCUUCCAAGAUUGGUCAGCUUUACUACCACUACUACCUGCGAACAAGUGAGACAAACUACCUGAAUGAAGCAUUUUCUUUCUAUGCGGCCAUCAGAGGCAGAGCAUACUACAGCAGAACGAGCAAAGAUGAUCGCUCUGUACAAAUGUCAGAUUUAAUGGUCAAGAAGCUUCGGUACUAUGCUCGAUUUAUUGUUGUGUGUUUAUUGCUGAAGAGAAUGAAGCUGGUCCGUGAUCUAGUCAGGGAAUUGAGUAAACAAAUAGAUGAAUACACAACUACGUAUGAACCAGAAGACCAGCUGGAGUGGUCGCUGGUACUAGCCGAAAUUAAGUCGUUCAUUGAUGCUGACAAUACCAUUAAUGUCUUGGAUAUGGACUCAAAUACCAUAGUGCUUUCCCACAGACUGAGUGGCCACAACACUCCACCACUGGAAAAGACUCCCAUGAUGAACCUCACUUUGCAAGAAAUUCUUAUAGUAGGGAACUGCAAUGACCAGGUGAAAUUUAGUGAAUUGACAAUCGACAUGUUCAGAAUGCUGCAGACACUGGAGCGGGAGCCUCAGGAAGACGUAGCCCAGAUAUACGACGCCUCUCCAGCACCUAGCAAAAUACCUUUUGAGAAUGGAGAUGCCAGUGGUCGGACAUUGAAAAGAGAGAAUCCACACAAAUACCUGCUGUAUAAGCCCACGUUUUCUCAGUUGAUGGUAUUCCUGGCAUCAGGCUUCAAGGAGCUACCAGCUAAUGGAGCCAUGUUGCUGUACAUCUCGGCUGAUGGGGCAUUCACCAACUCAAAACAUCCUCAGGACCCUGGCUAUGAUUAUGGAGGCGUGGUAACGAACAGUAAAAGAGAUCCUGAGCACACUAAUAAACGUGCAUUACAGCUCAAGGAUAUGCAUUGCUUCUACCCUGGGGACCUAUAUGCUUUCACUCGCAAGCCUCUCUUCAUUGUGGUGGACUCGGAUAACUCGCCUGUGUUUGCAAACAUGCCUCAUUAUUUUGGGCAGCCACUAGUUGUUCUCAUGUCUCCACAGGAUACCCCACCACAGUUCCAUGAUCAGCACCAUCGAGGGAAUUUAUUCACACUGUUCUUGCACUCUCCGUUAAUGGGAAUGUGCUUAGUAAGCUCAUUAUGUGAUGUUCAAAUGAACUUGUGGGAGAAGUGUCAAACUCUAGUAGACAGAUUCAUCUCAGAAGCCUCCAGAUUAGUCACUCGAGGGAGAAGUAUUGAUCCAUCUUUUCUUCAGUUUUUUGGUGACGACUUUCUAAGACUGUUGACGCUGCGGUUUAUUUUCUGCUCGACAGUUUUAAGGGCACACAGAGCUUUUAAGGGGCGUCAGUUCUACCCACGAUGUCAUCCAAACUUGCCAGAAGGGGAAGUAUUGGAUCAUCCAAGUCUCUAUGCCAUAAUUCUAGACUUGGCUACCACGCUCGAUGUGUCACACCUUUUCUAUGACACGCAUGACCUCCAAUGA